UUGUGUCGCCUUCUCUUCCCUUCUUCAACCAAAGCCAAAGUCUCAAUUUGUUUAAGCACUACUGCUACCAAACCAAAAGGGUUUCGUUCCUUAGGGCGGUUUUCCGAUUUCUCGGAAACCGCUCUAUAUACCCUGCACUGCAACCACAUUCGUUAUAGUGUUCCUAAUUUGAAAGAAAGAGAGAAAGAAAAAAUUAAUGUCCUUGGAUUUGUAGAAAUUAAUAAAUAAUUUUGGACGCCCUCUCCCCUCACUCGCGACUAUGGGUGCAAAACGGCAACAACCCAGUGAAUGGGUGAAAGGUAAACUUGUAGGGUGUGGAUCUUUUGGCAAUGUCCAUUUGGCAAUGAACAAAACCACCGGUGGGCUUUUUGUUGUGAAAUCACCACAUUCCAGGGCUGAACGCCAUGCUUUGGAUAAAGAGGUGAAAAUCCUAAACACUUUAAAUUCAUCACCAUACAUUGUCCAAUGUUUGGGUACCGAGGAGGAGGAGGAAGACCAAGGCAAGCUCAAUGUUUUUAUGGAGUACAUGGCCGGGGGUAAUUUGGCAGACAUGGUGCACAAGUUUGGUGGCUCAUUAGAUGAAGAGGUGGUUCGGGUGUAUACCAGGGAAAUUCUUCAUGGGUUAGAGCAUCUUCAUCAACAUGGAAUUGUGCACUGCGACCUCAAGUGCAAGAACGUGCUUUUGGGAUCAUCUGGCAACAUCAAGUUGGCGGAUUUUGGAUGUGCAAAAAGGGUAAAGGAGGACUCAGCAAAUUGUGGUGGGACUCCUCUGUGGAUGGCUCCUGAAGUAUUGAGGAACGAGUCUGUGGAUUUUGCUGCGGAUAUAUGGUCCUUGGGAUGUACAGUUAUUGAGAUGGCUACUGGCACACCCCCUUGGGCUCAUCAGCUUUCAAAUCCAAUAACUGCUGUGCUCAUGAUUGCCCACGGCGAUGGGAUACCUCACUUUCCACCCCAUUUCUCCAAGGAGGGUUUCGAUUUCUUGAGCAGGUGCUUCCAGAGACAACCCAAUAAGAGGUCUACGGUUCAGGACUUACUUACCCAUCCUUUUGUUUCAACACCAUCUUCUCAACAACAAUAUGCACCUUCCUCCUCUCCGUCCACAGUCAAAGAAACUUCAAAGGAGAAUCGUUCUUCAAUCACAAACACAUUUGCAUCUCAUCAUGAUGACCCCAAAGGAAUACCGGUAUGUAAACCCCAAGACAUUGCAUUGGGCUCAUCAGGGAAUUGGAUUACUGUUAGAUCAGGCUGAACACAUACCAAGUGUUACUGUAGAUAGACAAUUCAAAUGUACAGCUUUGAGUAGGAGACGAAUAGGUUGUCAAUGGCUUUUCCUUUCCUUCUUUCACAUAACUUGUAUCCAAAGGAGUAGUAUUAUUUGUCGUUUAAUGGAAUUAAUGAACAUAGGCCUGCUUUCAGUUUUCUAAAAA